GGGCAUCUGCUUGGAGUUACGGACGUAUAGCCGCUGCUUGAGGGCUCUGGGACGCCGCACCUCAGGGUGUUGAAUGAAACGCCGCCCGCGUUUUGGGGCGCUUCUCCGCCUACUGAGUGGACAACACUUGCUCCCUUGGGCGGGAUGCUGGGGGCCCAGGCCGCAGAGAUUGGGAGCCGCGGGGGCACUAAGGCACAGGGCCCACAGCAGCAGCCGCGCUCAGAGGGUCCCAGCUAUGCCAAAAAAGUUGCGCUCUGGCUUGCUGGGCUGCUUGGAGCUGGUGGGACCGUGAGUGUUGUCUAUAUCUUCGGAAGCAACCCUGUGGAUGAAAACGGUGUCAAGAUUCCUGAUGAGUUCGACAAUGAUCCAAUCCUGGUACAGCAGUUGCGCCGGACAUACAAAUAUUUCAAAGAUUAUAGACAGAUGAUCAUCGAGCCUACCAGCCCUUGCCUUCUCCCAGACCCUCUGCAGGAGCCGUACUACCAGCCGCCCUACACGCUUGUCUUGGAGCUCACCGGCGUCCUCUUGCACCCUGAGUGGUCGCUGGCCACUGGCUGGAGGUUUAAGAAGCGCCCAGGCAUUGAGACCUUGUUCCAGCAGCUCGCUCCUUUGUAUGAAAUCGUCAUUUUCACUUCGGAGACGGGCAUGACUGCGUUCCCACUCAUAGACAGCGUGGACCCCCAUGGCUUCAUCUCCUACCGUCUAUUCCGGGACGCCACGAGAUACAUGGAUGGGCACCAUGUGAAGGACAUUUCAUGUCUGAAUCGGGACCCAGCUCGAGUAGUCGUUGUGGACUGCAAGAAGGAGGCCUUCAGACUACAGCCCUACAAUGGCGUUGCCCUGCGGCCCUGGGACGGCAACUCUGAUGACCGGGUCUUGUUGGAUCUGUCUGCCUUCCUCAAGACAAUCGCUCUGAACGGUGUGGAGGACGUCCGGACCGUGCUGGAGCACUAUGCGCUGGAGGAUGACCCCCUGGCGGCUUUCAAACAGCGGCAAAGCCGGCUAGAGCAGGAGGAGCAGCAGCGCCUGGCCGAGCUCUCCAAGUCCAGCAAGCAGAACUUCUUCUUCGGCUCACUCACCAGCCGCUUGUGGCCUCGCUCCAAACAGCCCUGACCUCUGGGCCUCUACAAACUCAGCGCCUGGGUCCAGAGCCCCAGGCCCCCGUGCUCCCAGACCAAGGCUUGGGCGGCCCCAUGUCCAAUAAAUUGCAUCCAGACUCCACAA